AUGUAUCGUCAGGUUUUUUGUUAUGCCAACGCUGACAACAACAUGACAGUGCCGGCCAUGGAGGCCAUUAUCCUUCUAAACCUACUUGGUAGCAGUCAGCUCCAGCACUAUGACUCAAAGGUUGUGAAAAAGUUGAACCAGAGGCAUAGGGACGUCAGUCCAGAGACAUUUACCGAUAAAUCACCAGCGGGAGCUAGUCCAGCCGACAAUUCUCAGGGUUGGCUAACAACUUCUUUUGCCACUGACGGAGGUACCGGUUGGACCGGUACGAAGGAAGAAGAAACCGUCGGCAGGAACAGGUGUGACGCUGAUGAUGAGCUGGAGCUUGUGCCUCGGCUCAUCAAAACAAUACAGCUUCCGAAGCUUAAAGAAAUACCAAAGAUUAUGUAUAAACAUACUGAGAUUAGUAAUGAGCUGUUGAUCGAAGACUAUUCUGAUAAGGAAAUCGCAUUAGGCUACCUCGGGAAGAAGAUUCAUUUGGAACUUCAAGAAGAGGGUGAUGAAAAGAGCUUUCUCACCGCUUAA